AUGAUGAAUAUUGAUUCGAAAUUGAUCGUUUGGUUUGUAGUUUGUUGGAUUUAUUUGAUCAUUUCAAUUGAAUCAUUUGAAUUUGAACAACAAUCACCAUGGCUACCAUUGAUAAAACAACGGCCAAAACGUACAGCACCAUAUAAAUUACCAGCCGGUGCUAAAGAAAUUAAUCUUAAUCAAGAUUUUAAAAUGACAUUUAAAUGUGAAAAAGAUAAUGAUGGUUUUUUUGCCGAUAUCGAUAAUGACUGUAAAAUAUUUCAUCGCUGUCAUACGGAUCAUAAUGCCGGUAAUCGUAUUGAAGUACAACAUUAUUCAUUCAUUUGUGGUGAAGGUUUGGUGUUUGAUCAAUCAACAUAUAGUUGUACAAGAGUGGAUGAUGCAAUACCAUGUGAUGCAUCUGAAAUGUUUUUCAAUCUAAAUGAUCGUAUUGGUUCGGAUGGACCAUUUCUAACUGAAGCUGAUAUUGAACGUGCUAAAGCAGCUCGACCAGAAUAUCGUCGUCGUCGUCGACGACGUGGUCGUAAUCGUCGAAGCCAUCGAAGACAUCAUCAAUGAAAUAGAAACAUCAGCGAAAAUCAAAAUUGGUAAAAAUUGUUGAGCUUAUUAUUUCCAUUAACACUUUGUAUAUCCAUUGGGCCUUUUUAGCUAUUAUUAUUA